AUGGGGGGGAAUGAAUGCGCCAAACCGUCAUCUAUUGGGUUAAGCAUAAAGUCGGAUGCGAGCACAUCCAACACAGAUCGUAACCUUUUCCCCCGUUACCUGAUGACCGAUCAGUUUGAAUGUCACCUGACAAGUGAUGAUUUGACUAUUGUACAAGAUGCUUGGUCUUAUAUAGAAAUCGCAUGCCGCUCCGCCACACCUCUUGAAUAUGCACUAGGGAUAUGUCAAGCGAAGUCUGUCGAUUAUGUUUGCCAGCUCAUACCGCCACUAUUGGAUGGAAUGCUAAGUGAACUGGAAGCUGAGAUAAUACCCGCUAUGUUGAAUAAAACGAUGUUGAUCUGUCAUAAGAAUGGAUGCACCCCAGAAGCUAUUAAAAGGCUACACUCGAGCAUGUUCUCACUGCUGGGAAACAAAAAAACUAUAAGGAUGCUCUCCCCAAUCUCAUUUUCAACGCUAAUUGGCGUACUGAAUCGGGUGGAACAUGUACAUGCGGAGAAGGUUUUAAACCUAAUGAUUGAAUGCUGUGUAGAACGAAUGAGUUCAACAACGGAGGACGGGCCUACCGUUCACCUCCACUGCAACAACGCAUUCAAGUUGCUUAGUGUUUGCGUCAAGAAGAGUCGCGUAGAUGCCACACAUCUGGCGAAGGGUAUAUGCUCGAAUGCCCAUCACCUAGAAAAGGAGCGAGUGCCGCAGCUCCUGCACCUGUUAACAAAGAUGGGGUUUAAAGACGGUAGAUACAUAUCGAUGCUGGAACCCAUCGCCGAAAAAGCCAUGGCUGCGAAUUCCGAUACGGCGCGUAUUCUAAAACUUGAAGUGAGUUAA